AUGUCGUGCCUCCUUCAUCUUUUCUGCCCACAAGCUUCUGAUGGGAGCCAACAUUCCUCACGGAGAAAGAAACUUCUCCUGGAAGAUGUUGUCAGGACAACUGUGUUUCUAUUGGUGGCUGUGGAGUAUAAAGCAGCUGGUGAAGAGCUCCAGAAGAUGCAGAUCUCGCAGUUGUUUGCUGUGAUGGUUCUUGUCAUCUUUACCACCGGCCAUUGUCAACAAAAUGACAAUCGUCGUCGAGCGGUGACUGAACACCAGCUGAUGCACAAUCGUGGUCGAAAUAUCCAGAGUCUGAAAAGGCUCAUCUGGCUUUCCAGCGCUAUGGAGGGUCUUCACACAGCACAGACCCGCUCAGCUGCUGCUACUGCUUUCACCCCUUCAAAACUCCUGAGCUCCCCUCUGAAUCCAGUUCUGAUCCCACCUGGAGAGAGCCCCCAACCUGCUCAGGUCCAGAGCAUGCUGAGAGACUUCUUUUAUCCCCAUUUGAAUUAUCUCUUGGAUGAAGAGCCCUAACACAAUGCAAAUGAACAUAAAACAUAAA